AUGUUCAACGCCCGCGCUGUACCCACCCUCCGCGCCAUCGCGUCCCGCAUGCCAGCUCAGCCAGCUGCCUCGCUCACGCGGACAUUCGCGUCUACCCAGACCGCACAAGCCAACAGCGACGGUCACAGCGCCGACUCGUAUUUCAAGGACGUCGACUCUGAGCCGCCGAAUGACUCUACCGUGCACCGCGUCGACAGCGGGUCAGAGGCCGUGCAGCGUCCGUAUGAGCACCCGAACGGGAAAUACGCAGAGACUGGCGCAAAGGCGGCCCAGUCGUACGCUACCGUGGACAAGGACGAGCCAUAUGACACUCCCGGAAACGGUCAGGAUGGCAAGAAGCUCCGCUACGGCGGCACGGAGACCUACGCCAAGGACGAGGCGUCCAACGUCAGCAAGCCGCAUGAAGGUCCUGCUGGCGCUAACGCGGACGGCCGCAAGCCUGAGGGCCGUUGA